AUGAGCCCUGCCUCUCAAGGCACAACGCUUCUCCAGACUCAUUCCUCCAUGGCACAAGCAUCUGAAUCAACGCAUGUCUCCGAACUCGAGCACAACAUCAUCAUCGCAGCCGACCAAGGUCGCCUCGACAUCGUCACCAAACUACUCGACGGUGGCACGGACCCCAACACAUCAGACACAAUCGGAACCACUGCCCUACACAACGCAGCAAAGCAAGGCCAUUGGCACGUCGCACGACUCCUCCUAGAGAGAAAAGCAUCAUCAGAUUUCAGAGACGGACACGACAAAACCGCUCUAGACUAUGCGAUUCAAGCCGGUCAUCGAAAAGUCGUCCACCUCCUGCUAGAAUGUGAUCCGGGCCCCCGAACAGGCAGAGAACUCUGUCUCGCGGCGCGGUGCGGACACCUCGGUAUCGUGCAAGAUCUUCUGGACCAUGGCGCGCCGACUCUGGCGCCGGUGAAUCGCUCUACGCCGCUGCAUGUUGCGGCGAUGCAGGGACAUCAUGAGAUAUGUGAUGUUCUCCUCGCGCAUGAUAAGCGCUUGGUUCGCUCGAUUUGGGAACGCAUGACCGGGCCCAAAUUGGCCGUAGACUCAAGAGGCGCACUGGGUCAUACGCCUUUUUCAUGGGCCGUAACGAAGAACCAUACGCGCACGGUGGAGGUCUUCCUGCAGCAUUACCCGUCUUUGGUGGGGAGUUUUGAUCAUAAAUCCAAGAUGCUGUGCUUUUUCGAAGCCAUUGAGGCGAAGAAUGUUGAGAUGGUCAGGGCGUUUCUGGACCACGGCGUGGACGUGGAAAUGAAGGAUGAGUAUAGUCAGAGACCGUUGCAUAGAGCUGUGGCGGCGGGGAGUAUUGAGAUUAUUCAGAUGUUGCUUGAUAAGGGUGCGGCCACGGACCGGAAAAGCAAAGUUGGCUGUGACGCGGAGAUGUUCACGUAUGACCCGAAGAUCAAAAUGAUGUUGCGCAAUAGUGCGAGCGCACGCUCCAAAGGGUCCUCGUCUGGAUCAGCAAGUGCCAGGACGGCCGCGCCACCACCGCCGGAGUAUAAGGCUUGA